AUGAGCACUCACCCCUACGCCAAAGAGCUUCACCUCGCCAGACUCGCCGUGCAGCGCGCAGCCCUCUUGACGAAGCAAUUGCUGUCCGCAGUGGACAAAGGCUCCUUCGACAAGAUCGACUCUACACCCGUGACUAUUGCCGAUUUUGCCGCCCAAGCCUCCAUCAUCGGCGCAAUCCACAACACCUUCCCAGACGACCAGAUCGUCGGCGAAGAAGACUCCACCACCCUACGCCAGGACGCUGCCCUUCUCGAGCGAACAUGGGAAUUGACUCGAUCCGUACACCUCGAUGACGAGACCAGCGAAGCGCUACUCUACACCCCGAGUACAAAGGACGAGAUGCUCCAAUUGAUCGAUCUAGGCGCCAAGGGUAAAGCCGGGCGCACUGGGCGGACAUGGACACUCGACCCCGUAGACGGCACGGCGACCUUCAUGCGCGGGCAGCAGUACGCCGUGUGUCUAUCGCUGAUCGAGGACGGGCAACAAGUGGUCGGAGUCCUGGGGUGUCCGAACCUACGGGGGACCGGGCAUGUGGCCGAGGAGCUUGUGGACAAGGACGGCUACGGCCAGAUGUUGUCCGCGGUAGUCGGACACGGAGUUCAGAUACAGCCUAUGGGAACGGGGGCGUUAAUAGCGGGAUCAAUGCUACCGGGCGUGCCGCAGAUCAGCGACCCGCGCGACGUGCGCUUCAUCGACACCCAGGCCUCCGUGACAGCGAACCUGGAGGUGCACGGCAAGGCAGCAGCACAGCUGAGCUGUCUAUGGCCGAACCCCGUGGACCUAUGGUCUGCGCAGAUGCGAUACGUGGCGAUCGCAGUAGGCGCGUGCAAUGCCUUCAUCAAGGUACCGCUGGACGAGAGCUAUCGGUCGAAGAUCUGGGAUCACUCCGGCGGCAUGCUUCUGGCGACUGAGCUUGGAGUUAAGGUUACGGAUCUUGAGGGGAAUCCCGUGGAUUGCGGCUUGGGAAGGACUUUGGCAGGGUGCCACGGCAUGGUCGUGGCGCCUGCUUCUAUUCAUGGACAGGUUUUGGAGGCUGUUCGUGUUGCACGACGGUCUUGA